AUAUUCUCAGUAAUGAAUCGCUUUUUCAUGUUAUUCUAAUUUUAUACCGUAUGUAAUAUUUUUUAUUUUUUUUAUUUUUAUUUUUCAUUUUUCACCGGCUAAAGAUGCCACAAAAAUGGAUGAUGCGACGGCUGAUGUUAUUCUACGGGAUAUAUUGAACAAACCUGAUUAUUGUCACAACACAUCUAUACAGAACAGCAAUGUUGUUGAUGAGCAACCGUUUUUCCCACACGCGACAGGGGGUCGUGCUAAAACAUUCGAAUAUAAAGCAGAUGACGCUGUAGCAAUGCGUUAUGCGCCGACGAUACCAUCAGGAUGUGAUACAGUAGCGCAAAUACCCCGUCUUAGUACAAGCGGGAAAAUAUCAAAACGCACAACCGCCGCUGAAACGGAAAGCCAUCAAUUCGCAGCAGCAGAUGAUGCUGUAGCAAGACGCUAUGCUCCUUUGAUACCAACAGUCAGUGAUACAUGCGCGCAGAUACACAGACCUAGUACAAGCGGGAAAAUAUCAAAACGCACAACCGCCGCUGAAGCGGAGAACCAUCAAUUCGUAACGCCGGCAAUUGUACAUAAGGACGUUGCUAGGUCAUCAGUUAUGGCUGUGCAUAACGGCUGUAUCGUCCCGAACAAACGAAAGCCAGCUCGACCAAGAACGAAUGAGAGAAGUCAUAAUUCAACAUUUACAGAUCUGAAAAGAAAAUUGUCAUAUUCCGAAAAUGAUAAGCCGCAACGGAGAAGGAUCGCGUUACAAACUGUAUCAUGCGUAAGUAAUGAUGUUGCUGUAACAUCAAAACACACAGCGUUUAACACUGCAGACCGGGAUGUCGCUGGUAAUACAAAGACUGUAAAGGUUAAGAGGGCAUCGCGUCUCUCAAGAAGUAAUGUUAAGCAAUUGUCGCAAUCCGCUGUAAUCACAAUUCCAGAUACACAGGUUUGUUCUGAAACAGAAACAAGACACAUAGCAGGCAUUGGUUUGUUAUCAAAUAUUGACUCAAGAAGUAAUGUUAAGCAAUUGUCGCAAUCCGAUGUCAUCACUAUUACCGAUACACAGGAUUGCUCUGAAACAGAAACAAGACACAUAGCCGGUAAUCCUGUGAUAUCAGAUAUUGAUGACAUAAAUGGGCAAGAGCUUAUUACAAACUGUGUAGAGUCAACGACACAAGAUCCGCAGAAUAGUUCUGAUGAAGUAUUAUCAGCCGUUGCAGGAAUACCUGGUGAUACUACAACGGUUGAUUGUGUAACAUCAAUGCCCAAUAUUUUUACAACGACAGCCCUGGUACACGCAUCGGCUGAUGCUUGUGUACCGGCGCGAGGGCUAGCGCCCGACAUAGUUGAUGAAUGUCAAAAUUCAGAACAAUUAGGCCAAGACGCUGAAAUACAAUUUUACGCGCUGUUGGGUAAGAUACGGGAAGAUGUUGAGAACAUGGGCGUAAAAGCCGGAUACUUGUUAAAACACAUUAAAGGUGUGUGCCACGGUAGUAAAUGUAAACAAGACAUUGUUAAAGAAGUUGUUGAGACGUAUAUGAAUGUCAUGUCAAAAUACAUAGAUCGGUCGGUUAAGACCACUGAAUUUAUUAAAGCCAACAUACAUCAUUUUGCAGAAAUAAAUGAAACUGAUCCGUGACUAGGCAUGCUAGGCAAUGGUUUGAAACGUGUUUUAAAUUUAAAUGACUGUAAAAAAAAACCACGAAUUAAACCUUGUUUAACAUACAAGAUCUCACAGUUAUUCCGACGCGCAAAGGUGAAACAGGCUGUAACAACAUUAAUCAGAUCGAGAAAGCGCAAGCGGCACAGGGAACAUGCGGUAGGUGGCCAAUUGAGAAAACGCAAGCGGCACAGGGAACAUGUGGUAGGCGGUCAGCACAGUGCGAGGCGUGUAGAUUUAGAUCAAUCCCCACCCCAUGCAUUACCGAAUGACGAAUCACAGGCUGACAAUAUUGAGCGCGAUGCAAGCCCCAUAUAUGAUGAUGCAGGCCGUGUUGAGUCACCCGGUAAUGACGAAGGUCGGCAACAUGUAUACUUAGAGGCAAUUAACAGUUAUGAACGACAACGACCGAAUUUCAGAGCCGUUGAGUACCACAAUCACUAUCGGUUUGUUAAUUUGGACAGGGUUACAUCAUUUGUAGAGGGGGUUCGAGCCAUUCAUACGGCUAUA